AGAGGCGACUUCUCUGCAUCAGAAGACCAGAACGUCGACAUCUCCUAACCAGGAAGAGCCCACCAUGAAGCAAUUUGCUCUCCUCCUUUUACUCUUGGCUGACCUCCCAAAGGGGGACAUGUGUGAUAGCAGCUGCUGCCUCAGCUCCGCGAAGCAAGAUGUCCUUGGUCUGCUGCAGAAGUGGGAAGAGGCGUCAUCCUGCAGCACAUGCAAUCCACGUGGUCCUCACAAGCUUCCGAGGAGCUGCAAAGAAAUCAAGAGCUCCUCGUCAGGGUGCACAGAUGGGUUGUAUUUCCUGGCCACGGAGGACGGAGAGAUCUACCAGACCUUCUGUGACAUGACCACCAACGGAGGGGGCUGGACUCUGGUGGCCAGCGUCCACGAAAACAACAUGUAUGGGAAAUGCACCGUGGGGGACCGCUGGUCCAGCCAGCAAGGCAAUGAUGCCAACUACCCUACAGGAGAUGGAAACUGGUCCAAGAACUCCACCUUUGGGUCAGCUAUAGCCUCAACCAGUGAUGACUACAAGAAUCCUGGCUAUUAUGACAUUAAAGCAGCAGACAUGGCCAUAUGGCACGUCCCCAACAACACCCCCAUGAAGAAAUGGCGCGAGUCUUCACUCCUGAGAUACCGCACUGAAACCGGGUUCUUGUCUGAGCUUGGAGGGAACCUUCUCAGUCUCUACCAGAAAUACCCAGUGACCUACGGCAUCGGCACCUGCCAGACCAACAACGGCCCUGCAGUCCCCGUCACCUAUGAUGCAGGGAGUGCCCAGAAGACCUCAGACUACUAUUCUCCAAACGGGCAAAAGGAAUUUGUCGCUGGCUUUGUGCAGUUCCGGGUGUUUAAUCACGAGAAAGCUGCCAUGGCUCUGUGUGCCGGAGUUAAAGUCACAGGAUGCAACACAGAACACCAUUGCAUUGGGGGAGGAGGGUUCUUCGCAGAAGCCAGCCCUCGUCAGUGCGGCGACUUUGCCAGCUUCGACUGGGACGGAUAUGGAACUCACAAAGGCUGGAGCGCUUCCAAAGAGAUAACGGAGUCUUCCGUGCUGAUCUUUUACCGCUGAUUCCAGCAGAGGCCGAUGCUGCAGAAACAGAUGCAUCCGAGCCACAAUUCUGAAGACGAGAAACUUCUAUUUGGGGAUACAGCAGGGUUGGGGAAGAACC